AUGGAGAAGAUGUGUACCCGGUACCGGAGCUGGCUGUGGGUCUGGUCCUGCCUGCUGAGCCUGAGUGUUUUGAGCCGGGCUCUGGAGCUCGAAGAGCUGUUCGAGUUCGGAGAAGAAGCCGGAGACCAGCAGCUGCUGCCCGGCUCGGACUCCACCGCCGAGCUGCCUCUCAACGGAUCUCUGUUCUUCUUCGGCGACACCUUCGACACAGUCUACAUUAACACCAAUGGAUUUGUGUCUGUCGAGCCCCCGGCGGAGGGGGAGUACCUGGGGAAGAUGCCCGCCAGUUUCAAAAUGAUUGCAGCCCUGCUGGGAGACCUGGAGGACAGUGACGGACAGGGCAAGGUCCACUACAGGUGGGACAGCAGCCCGGAUCUACUGAGUCAAGCCGCGGAUCAUAUCAGGCAAGCUUUCCCCAGAGACGAGGGCGUGGAGCCCACCACCGUCCUCAUCGUCACCUGGGAGAACAUGGCCACUCGGGGGACGUCUGGACGAGGAGACGGACUGGACACAAAGAGAAACACUUUCCAGCUGGUAGUGGCCUCCAUGGUGUCGUCCUCCUGCGCCAUCCUCUUGUAUCCCCGAAACGGCCUGCAAUUUUUCUCCACGUCAGUAGGGGGCAAGAGCAAGCUCCUCGAGGCUGGCUUCAAUGAAGGUCUUGUGGAGAGUUGGUUCUGGAAGGCAUCGCAGGGGACUUACUUCCGCACCACCACCGAUGAAGAGGCCUCCAUCAGGGAACUCACUGAAAAGACGAACGCGGGACAGAAUGGAGUUUGGGUGUACGAGAUUGGCUCCUCGCCAAUCUUUGUCGCCAUUACACCAGGAAUGGUCACUAGCCUACCUGAAGAGGAGGAGGAUGCCACCACACCUCCUUUACCAGAAGAAAAAGAGGAGUUUCCAACUGAGACUCCUACCGAGUACCAACCCAGUUACCCAGAAUUUGAGACCAUCACUCCAGGGUACACCGAACCGGAGACUGAAGAUUAUGAAGGACCUGGCCAGUUUGAGCCGGAAUACCCUGAAUCUGAGACUGUCACACCAACAUACACCGACCCGGAGAGGGCUCAACCAAGAUACCCGGACCCUUCUGAGCCGAGAUACCCUGACCGAACCGAGACCAGAUACCCUGUCUCUGAGCCUUUGCAACCAAGACAUGCAGUCCCUGAAACCAAUGAGCCUAGAUACUCUCCAGUCGAGCCGAGGUACCCUGAUCCAGUCCAACCAGUGCCGCCCUAUUCCCAGCCCCAGCAACCCCAGAUCGUUGUGGUAGACGAAGACGAAGAUCUCGACGUGACCGUUUUUGCGUACAAUUCGGAGACGUGCGCCCACAACAGGCACAAAUGCUCGGCUUUUGCUGACUGUCAGGAUUACAGCAAUGGGUACUGCUGCCAUUGUAGGCCUGGCUUCUAUGGUAACGGGAAGGACUGUGUUGCUGAGGGAAAACCACAGAGAAUGAAUGGAAAGGUGAACGGUCGAGUGUUCGUGGGGAACUCUCCUUCCGCUGUUGAGCUCGGUAACAAUGACUUGCACUCGUACGUGGUAGCCAACGAUGGACGGGCCUCCGUGGCCAUCAGCAACAUCCCGGACGAUCUGGGACCCUCCCUGCUGCCGCUGACCCCUCUGGGUGGAGUCAUCGGCUGGGCCUUCGCUCUGGAGCAGCCCGGCUACCAGAACGGCUUCAGUCUCAUCGGCGGCGUGUUUUCCCGGCAGGCCGAUGUGAUCUUCCAGCCCGGUAACGAGCGUCUGAGCAUCAAGCAGCAGUUUAAAGGAAUCGACGAACACCACCACCUGGUGGUGAACACCGAGCUGGAGGGACGUGUGCCCGCGGUCCUGUUGGGAUCCUCCGUCGAGAUCAACCCAUACAAGGAGAUCUACCAGUACGACAGGAACUUGAUCACUUCCUCCUCCAACCGUGACUACACCGUCACCUCCCCUGAUGGCAACGUCCAGACCAGAAGCUACCAAUUGCGACAGACCAUCAGCUUCCUGAGCUGCCCACACGACGAGGCCUCCGUGGCGGCGCCUUCCACCCAGCAGCUCAGCGUGGACCACAUCUUCGUGAUGUUCGAGACCCGCAACCAUCUGAUCCGCUACGCCAUGAGCAACAAGAUCGGCUCGGUCCACAGCAGUCUUCCAGAGCAGAACCCGUGUUUCACCGGCAGACACGGCUGUGACAUCAACGCCGUGUGCCGACCAGCCGAAGGCCUCCAGUUCAGCUGCGAAUGUGCUACUAGUUUCACCGGAGACGGACGCUACUGCCACGAUAUUGAUGAGUGCAGAGAGACUCCUGAGAUCUGUGGAUCCAACGCCGUCUGCAAUAAUCAGCCCGGAACUUUCCGCUGUGAGUGUUUGACCGGCUUCUUCUUCGCCAGCGACGGAAAGACCUGCAUCGAGGAGAACCGGCCGGUGGAUCACUGUCGGAGAGGAAGCCAUGACUGUGAUGCUCCUGAAAGAGCUCUCUGCAGCUACACCGGAGGCUCGGCCUUCGUCUGCUCCUGCCUGCCGGGGUUCGUGGGUGACGGUCGGGUUUGUCAGGACGUAGACGAGUGUCAGCAGGAUCGAUGCCACCGCGCUGCCUACUGCUCCAACACGCAGGGCUCCUACACCUGCCAGUGCCAUCCCGGGUUCUAUGGCGACGGCUUCCAGUGCAGCCCCAUGUCCUCAGAGCGCGAGAAGACCCCGUGUGAGCGUCACAGAGAGAGCGCCCAGUCGGCCACCUCCGACUCCGUCCUCCUCUCUUUCCUCCGUCCUCGGCCGGCCGUCGGUCAGUACGUCCCUCAGUGUGACCAACGCGGAGCCUUCGAGCCCACGCAGUGCCACAGCAGCAUCGGACAGUGCUGGUGCGUGGACGCCAACGGCCAGGAGAUCCCCAACACCCGCACGGGACCCGGCACCACCCCUCUGUGCAUCGACCAGGCAGUGACUCCCGCUCCGGUGGGUCCGACCCCGCGGCCCGACGUUGGCCCCGUCGCUCCGGGAACACACCUGCUGUUCGCUCAGAGCGGGAAGAUCGAACACGUGCCUCUGGAUGGGUACAACAUACAGAAGGAGGAGGCCAAACCUCUGCUGCACCUCCCAGACCGGGUGGUGAUCGCCGUGGCCUACGACUGUGUAGAGAAGAUGGUUUACUGGACCGACAUCACCGGGCCGGCUAUCAGCAGGGCCCGUCUGAGCGGAGGAGACGUCAUCCCGGUCAUCACUACAGACGUCCAGAGUCCCGAGGGCAUCGCCAUCGACCACGUGGCCCGCCUCCUCUUCUGGACCGACUCCAUGCGGGACACCGUGGAGGUUUCCAAACUGGACGGCAGCCAGCGGCGAGUCCUGUUCGACACCGAUCUGAUCAACCCUCGACCCAUCGUCACCAACCCGGCCUACGGGCGACUGUACUGGGCAGACUGGAACAGAGACGGGCCCAAAAUUGAGAUGUCCAACAUGGACGGGACAGAUCGAAGCGUCCUGGUGAAAGACAACCUGGAGCUCCCCAACGGUCUGACCUUUGACCUCGAAGACCAGCAGCUGUGCUGGGCUGACGCAGGAACUCAUAAGGUGGAGUGUAUAGAUCCUCAUCGCAGGCUGAGGAGGCAGAUCGUUGAAGGGAUCCAGUAUCCCUUCGCUCUCGUCUCCUUUGGAAGGAACCUUUACUACACCGACUGGAGGAGGGAGGCGGUGGUCGCUGUGGACCGUCAGUCAGAGAAGGAGACGGAAGAGUUUCUGCCACAGAAACGCUCUCGGCUGUACGGCAUCACCACGACACCGACACAGUGUCCACAAGCCUACAACUACUGCUCCAACAACGGCGGCUGUUCUCACCUGUGUCUGCCGCGGCUCGGCGGCUUCACCUGCCGCUGCCCGGACGCCGAUGACGGCCGAUGUGUCGAGAGGAACCUGUGAGGUCUGCAGAGCGACAACAACAACACUGCUGCUGCUGCUGCUGCUGCCACGAGGGGAAAAAACACAAAACACACUUAAAACAAUCUGGUGUUUUCUACAUUUUCUUACUUGAAUUGAACAUUCCUACAAUCCUCUUAGAGUGUUAUGUGUUUCUGGCCGUUGAGAGCUGUUCAGACCUCACUGUAUUUAUGAUGUCACACUGCAGGUAAGAUCGUUUAACUUUUCUUCCUGUAACUGAAUUCAGAUUCAUAGUUUCUGAUCUUGUUUGUGCAGCGUGUUUGUAAUCUGACUCCUGGUUUAAGUUUCUCUCCAAAAUCAGAAGAAAGUGACACUAAAUCUAGAAUACAGGGAUCUUAUUAAAUAGCCAGAAGGUGAACUUAAAACACAUUGACCGAGCAGUUGAUAAUCAUUUGAAAAAGUAUCUAACGAUGAACUUCACGUUGUGUUUUUAUGUAUUUUAAAAGUGAAACUCCUUAUUGAUUUCUUAUAGAUGUGUUCUGAAAGAGAACUGCGUAAAACAAUCGGAUAUAAUUCUCAAAUGUUCUGCAAUGAUCAAAAUACUUGAGAGAAAGGUUCCUAAGGGCCUUGAAAUAAAAAAAAAAACAACCUUUUAAAAGGUUUAAAAACCUCAACACUCGCCUUACAAAAAGCAUCAGAAGUUAUUCCUGGACAGCCAUCGGGAGCUUCUUCUGACAGUUUCCCAAACUUCAAAUCUGAAUCAUAAGCAAUUCUUGUUGCUGUAACGCCACAUACAGACUAAUCAAUACAGGCAAUAGGAAAUGGUAUGCAUAAAUUUAACUGCUCAACUGUAUUUAAGUGUCACAGCAGUUUGACCAUAUUCUUUUAGUCGUGGCUCAUUUGCCAGGAAAACGGUAUAAAGUAUCGCAAAACAAAAGCAACAUUUUGGGGUUAAUCCAAAUAUAUUUUGAACCACAUUUAGUAAAGACUGGAUGAAAUUUCUAGGAAGAAACUACAAAAAUGGGUGUGGCCAGUACCGAAAGACUGAUUUUAAGGGAAUUCAUCCAAGACUUUUUGAGCCUAAAGUUUCCGUUCAAUUACAAUGAACUGUUCUCCAGAUUUGAUCACAAAUGUAGACGACGUCCUGCUAACAGCCAAUUAAAGGGACUGAGAUUACCUGGUGUAACUUAACGUGUACUCCAUUAAAACUUCUCCUAGUUUCAACAUAUUAACAAGAAUUGUACGCUGACUUCUCGAUGAAUUCUACGGGAUAUUGUCAGUUUUGGGUUGUUGUUUUUUUUUUUAAAGACUGCAAAAGUCUCUUAUUGACAAAGAUUUCCUGACUGAAAACCCAACGAAAUAGCCAACUAUUUAAGAAAAUAGAUCAGAAGCAUUUUCUUCCUGUUUGUCUGUUAAUCACUUUAUUACACAUUAAUCUACAGAGGUUGAUGAAGCUAAAUAAGAGCCGAGUUAUUGAUUGUAAAAUAAAACUCUGAAAUUAUUCUUUAUUUUAUCAAUACUAUAUGUUAAAAUGAGACUGUCCCCCCCAACUGUAUGCUCACCAUUUUGGAAGUCGGACCACAAAAUAUCACCACUAUGAUCCUGAGGCGGUGUUAAGAGUUACAAUAUUUGUUGUAUUGUUUGUGCUACAACUCAGUGUAUUUUUUUUAUAUGAACUUGUAAAUAACUACCUGGUGUGCAGAUGACAUUCUCUGAUGAUUGUAUUGGUGCUGAUGUUGCCUGAGAUCUACCUGAUGAUGAUUACUGUGAAGGUUAAUGCAGGUCGUGCCUAGAGAGCAAGUAGUUUGUACUUCUCAUGUAACCUUCGUUUUUAUAAUGAAGUGACGAUUCAGUUCCAGUCACUGAAGUCUGUUUUCAUCUAAAAUAAAAUAAAGAAACAACGCAAACUGUUGUGCUUUAAAGAGUCCUCAAAGUUACCUGCCAAUAUUAAAAUGAAAGGAUUCAAACCAUUCAUCAGUCAAAUUGUUUAUCAGCAAUUUCAUUGUGAAAAUGGCCUUAAAAUGAAAUGAAAUGAAAUCUUACUUUGAUGAUGCUCAUUGUAGUUCACUGAAUAUUUGUUUUUCCUUUUGGCGGCAAUUAUACAUUUUCAAACAUGUAAAUGUUUUUUGAUUUGGAUAUCUGUCAGACUAUUUCUACACAAAUAGAAAAUGAAAUCUCAAUUUGAUUAAACUCGUUAAUGGAGGUUCUGUUUUGAAGUGACAAAGCAAACAUAUCGUUGACAUUUACCGUUACCGAUCAGCGGAUAUCUAUUCCUAAUGCAGAAUCAUUGUAACAUCAGGGAUGAAACGGGUCAGUGUGUCCUGACCCACAGCCAAAGAGGGAACAUUAACAGCCUGUACAGCCUCAAUAAAACCUCUUUAAAUAUACACAAUCAGCCUGGUGAGUUGUGUUUCCUUUAAUCUCUAAGUGAUGAGGAAAACUCUUCAUU